CACUGAUAUUUUCUUUUUUUUUUUUCUAUCAAGAAAACUUGAUAUUUUCUUUUGAGAGAAUAUUGUAGAUUUAAAUACAUAACUAAACAAAACAAGAGAUAUUUUCAGAUUGAGAACAAUUUCUAAGGUUGAUUAUUAUCUAUCUUACAUAAUCAAACAAAAUCAAAACUUUGAAAUUACGAUUAUUAUUUCUCCUUUUUCAAUUAAAAAAUAAUUAUAAUUAAAUUCUGAUAUAGACACUCAAACUUCAAAUAAAAGAAAAAGAUAACAACUUAGUAUAAAUAAAAGGAAAACAAUUUUCGAAAAAAUAAAGAAAAGACUGUGCUUUCUCUCUCUAAAGAAAAAAAGCAAAGAAUCAAUUCGGAGGAGAGAGUGAGACACCGUUUUGCUUCUUCAUCUUCUUUGAAUUGGGAUUUUGGGGUUUCUGGAAAUCGAAGAAGAUGAUAGACUUUGCUCGGGUUCAGAAGGAGCUUCAAGAAUGCAGUAAAGACAUUGAAAAAUCCGGUAUCAAAGUCACUCCCAAGAGCGACUCCAGUCUUUCUCGUCUCAUCGGCACCAUUCCUGGUCCAGUUGGAACCCCUUAUGAAGGUGGUAUCUUUCAGAUCGAUAUCUCCUUACCAGAUGGAUACCCUUUUGAGCCUCCCAAAAUGCAAUUCACAACUAAAGUUUGGCACCCUAAUAUCAGCAGUCAGAGUGGAGCUAUCUGCCUGGAUGUCUUGAAGGACCAAUGGAGUCCAGCUCUGACAUUGAAGACAGCUCUGCUGUCUGUUCAAGCAUUGCUUUCUGCUCCACAACCCGAUGAUCCUCAAGAUGCUGUGGUAGCACAACAGUAUCUUAAACACUAUCAGACCUUUGUUGGCACUGCUCGAUACUGGACAGAAAGUUUUGCAAAGUCAUCAUCCCUUGGGGUUGAGGAAAAGGUACAAAAACUUGUAGAGAUGGGAUUUCCUGAAGCUUCAGUGAGAAGUACAUUGGAGUCUGUUGGUGGAGAUGAGAACUUGGCCCUGGAAAAACUUUGCUCUGGUUAAGACUUUUUCAAGAGCUUUAAUAGGCUGGGAAUUAUACUAACAAGAAAGAUUAUAUCUAAACUUAAAUAACUCUUGUUUUUGAAGUACUGAUGAUAUUUUAUCUGAUUUAGCUACAUAUGGGCAAAUUAUUUUCUGGACCCUUAUAUGGUUAUUUGAUUUGUAGUACAUGGAAGAAGUGUCAAUAUUAAAUGCAUUAUUAACAAUGUUGAAGAUU